GUUACAGAAAACAGAUCAGACCUUGAAGAUUUACACCUUUACGCAACUCCUCGGGAGCAACGGUUUCGUAGAUUUGCCAGUUUAGAAUUUGAAGGACAGCUAUAUAUGACUCCACAUGACUUCAUUCAGGCUGUCACAAAUGAUGAACCCAAACGUGCUAAAAGGUGGCGAUCCCUUUCAAAACAGGAGUUGAAUCAGAUCCUUAUGGAGACACCACCAGUUUGGAAAGGAUCAUCCAAACUUUUCCGUAAUCUUAAUGAGAAAGGUGUGAUAUCUUACACAGAGUAUUUAUUCCUCUUAUGUAUUUUAACAAAGCCACAUGCAGGUUUUAGAAUUGCUUUCAACAUGUUUGAUACCGAUGGCAAUGAGAUGGUGGACAAAAAGGAAUUCUUAGUGCUGCAAGAGAUUUUCAGGAAAAAAAAUGAGAAGAGAGAAAGAAAAGGAGAUGAAGAAAAACGUGCAAUGCUGCGUCUUCAACUUUAUGGAUAUCAUACUCCUACUAACAGUGUUCUUAAAACAGAAGGAGAGGACCUUGUCCCCAGAAGCUAUUGGGAUACUUUGAGGCGUAGCACAAGCCAAGCACUCUUUUCGGACCUUGCGGAGCGUGCUGAUGAUAUUUCAAGCUCACUGUCAGAUACCACAUUGCUUGUACACUUUUUUGGCAAGAAAGGAAAAGCUGAACUGAACUUUGAAGAUUUUUAUAGAUUUAUGGAUAACCUACAAACUGAGGUUCUAGAGAUAGAAUUCCUUUCCUACUCUAAUGGAAUGAACACCAUCAGCGAGGAAGACUUUGCCCAUAUUCUUUUGAGGUAUACAAACGUGGAAAAUACAUCAAGUUACUUGGAGAACAUGCGCUGCAGGAUUCCUGAAGAAAAGGGUAUCACAUUUGAGGAGUUCAGGUCAUUUUUCCAAUUCUUGAACAACCUAGAAGACUUUACAAUUGCAAUGCAAAUGUAUAAUUUUGCAAGUCGUUCCAUAGGUCAAGAUGAAUUCAAACGUGCUGUGUAUGUAGCCACAGGCGUGAAGCUUUCACCGCAUUUGGUGAACACAGUGUUCAAGAUUUUUGAUGUUGACAGAGAUGACCAGUUGAGUUAUAAAGAGUUUAUCGGCAUUAUGAAAGACAGACUCAAUCGAGGGUUUAGGGGCUACAAACCUAUACAGAGGUAUACCACUUUCAAAUCCUGCGUGAGGAAGGAGCUCUAUAGCAGAUGAACGACGGAGACUCCAAAGUACGGUUGGAAGGAAUAUUACUCUUGUGUGAUGACUGUCACCAGUGAACAUCUGAGAGAUCUAUGGAAGCAAUUUCGGAGACGAGAUAUGCUGAGAUAAAGGAAGAAAGAAGGAUUAUCUGCAAUGGCUAGAAUAUUUAUUCCUAUGAAUUUUUAAUGAAAAGCAAACUAACCCAGGUGGAUCAUGAAUUUUCCAGCUGCAGUUGAAAACACAGGACUUCUUUUCCACU